UCGUAGUGGGCAGUGACUGGUGAGCCUGGCAACAAUACAAACCCCCGUUAUGCUUCGAGGACGGGACGGGACUAGUCACUUGUCGUCGCGUUGGAUGCGACGGGAAACAAACUUCUAGAAAGAUUACCUGUAGAGAAAGGCGGACGAAUAUCUUCUUGUCGCGGCUGCUUCCUGGAUUGACCAUCGCAAUCGCAGCAAAUCGCCUCGCGCGCGCAUUGCCAGCACAAGCACAGGCCAGGUUCAGCACAUUGCGCCUUCCCUACUCGGUGCUGAGGCCUCGGGAUCGAAGGCCACCCCAGCCACUCGUUGCUCGACAACCGGAUUCGCCUGCACCUGGCCCUUGACCGCUUGCUGCGGCUAGGCAGGCACUGCGGCGAAGCACACGCGCGACCACUCCAGACCACGCCGUUGGAGAGCACAAACGAGAGCCAAGCACCGGAGCAGGGCACCGCAUAUCCAGCAUAUCCCACCUGCGCAACUGGUGGGCUUUGGGUUGGUUUGCCUUCUCCUCUUCUUGUGCGUGGUGGAUGCCAAUGUAUGUGUGUGCGUGCGUCUGCUUUCUUGCAUCGGUUCGCACGCGCGGCGGCACUCCUGACUGCUGCAUGUGCGCCCGCCUCUUAGCUCGGGCCUGACGAGGUUUGCCUCCCCCAAAAGCAAGCAGCGACUGGCAGGAAGCGCCCGCCCGCCUCGACCUUGCCGGCUUGUCAGUCUACCCAGUCCAGUCUGCCCAUACCCAGUCUACCUAUCCUUACCCUUCAUUUUCUGCCACAUCCUAUCGACCCAUCCAACGCCUGAUGCAUCGCGACAAGUCAAUCAACCAAGACUGUCAUUGGUAAUAAACCUGCCUGCACCUGCCUGCAUCUCACCCGUCCCACCCCAACCCACCCCAACCCAGCCUCUCGCCUGCCGUCCUGAGAGCGUUGCCACGCUCCGCCGGCGCCCAAGGACGAAAAGCUCCAACGGGACAGGUCGGGCUUGGGCUGAAUUGGCAUCGCCUGCGGGGAAUCAACAGGGAAAAAACGCAGGCCCGCCACCCAAAUUGAGCUGCAAGGUCUCCACACUUCACAAUGGGUGUCGUUGAUUCCCAGAAAAACGUCCCUCCCCUCCCUGCUCCCACCGAAACAGAGACCACCGCCCCGAGCGAAGUCUCGGACUACGACUUCUCGCCGCCCCCCGAGAACAAAUCCCACUAUUCCCUACCAGAGGACGGCACCCCCGUCACCAUCAGGACACGCCACAAGGCCAAUCGCUCUCAGACCUCGCUGCUGAUCGAGUAUUUCGAGGGCCCCAAGGGAAGCACCGCCUCGGCCAGUGGCGGUGAGCGGAGGCCCAGCGUCCGCGUGCGCCUGACCCCUUCCAAGAGCCGCAAAGACGGCCACAUCCAGGUCACCGAGACCAAGUCGAGUCGCAGGACCUCACAAACACACUAUCCCAACGACGCCACGCUGCCUUCCCGACUGCACGAAGGCGACGCCGUCUCGGUCCUCAGUGGCGAGGGCGAGGACGCCUACAGCAUGGACUCUUACGCCUCGGCCACCGAGGAGUCUAACGUCUCUCGCCAGCCCAUUGAGGUCGAGAUCGACCAUCGUCGCCGCCGACGGCCUGCUAGCCCACUGAUUCCUACCAACGAUAACAGCAAAGUCUCCUACCAGCCGAACACCGGCUCGGAGAUCUCAGCCAUCCCCACCGACAGCUUCCUCGACGGCUCAGGGCCGUCGUCGGGUUCUCCCGUACGGACGCGCGACAAGAGCCCUUCACGGACUAGCCAUGUUCUCGGUGGCGCUGCCGCCGGGCUGGCUGCCGCCGCAGCCGUCGACAAGGCGCGGAGUGGCGGCCGAAGCGAAUCCAAAGAGCGACCUGUACUCCCGAAAACUCGGGAUAAAGAGCGAUCGGACCGCAAGAGCAAGGGCAAGAGUCGGAACAGCAGCGUAAGCGAGAAGCGAGACAGAGACGAGGAUAAGUCUACGCGGCGAAAAUCAAGCCGCAGUCAGCAUGAUGCCAGCCACUCGGUCGCAGACUCUAGUGUGGUCUCGUCGACCAUGGCACCGAGCCACCGGUCGCAGGACCAGCAAUCGGUGCGCUCGGGGGCCUCAAAGUCCUCAAUCAACAACCCGAAACUUCUCGACGCGGUGGAGGAUGCCAUCCGUCGGCUGAUCCUGCCCGAGCUCGAGGAGCUCAAGCGAGAGAGGAGUCAGAGGUCAACACACGGUCGUCGCAACUCGACCGCAUCCACCAGCGGCACCUCGGUGUCUCGAGAUGAUGUUACCAGCGCCGCAGACAGGCGAAGGUCCGGUGGGAGUGAGCGCCAUGGUCUCGGGCCCAGGGACAGCAUUGGGAGCAAGAAGGCCAAAGAGACGCGGAACAGGGAGGCGCGCAACGUUGUCGUUGAGAGUCCUGCCCCCAGCGAGUCACAAGAGUCGGCCCUGGAGUCGAUGCAACAGGAACUAGACUCCACCCCUGCCCGUCGCGACUACAGCAUAAGGGCUGCCGCUGCCGGUGCUGUCGCUGGCGCACUUGGAAUUGGUGCACUCAACAACACAUCUGCAGCACCUGCGCGAGAGCAACGCAAGCGUCGCCGUGCCGAGGCGAAGAACCGCGCAGCGACCGGAUUCGGCGAGGACUACGACGACUCGGAGUUUCAGCAGACUGCCCCGAUGCCGCUGGGCAGUGAGAUAAACCCAUCUGAACUCACGAGGCAGUCGAUACUGUCUGCCGACACAGACCUUGAGCGGCCCCAUUCGGCAACCGAAGAGCUGACACCUGUCCGCGAGGUGGCUGGUGGCAGGGGGAUGGUCGGGGACCGAGCUGACGAAGAGUCCAGCACCACGCCAACGCAGAAGCCUGUGGCAACUCUUGCAGGCCUGGGAACCCAGCACAUGAAUGUUUCUCAUGGCGACCUGAGGGCUUUGCCGCGGACGGGCAGCGCUGUGGGUGCAACCGAGUUCGAGACGGACGAGUAUGGUCGCAAGUAUCCCAUUAACCGUCAACAAGAGUACGACGACUACGAUGAGGCAGAAGAUGAUUAUCAGUAUGACGACCAGCAAGGCUUCGAAUACUACGACACCCAGCACGUACCGGCUCCCCUCAAGUAUGAGCCAUACGGCGUGGAGCGCCGCGGCCUCAGCCCUAUCCCCAGUGUUUCGGGAUAUACGGAAGGCGGCAGUGAGGUCCAGGCCCGAGAUUCACGGGUAACUCACACAACGAGUGGCUCGCUGUCGUCUCCUGGGAAGUCGCCUCGUCACGACCAUUUGCCAUUCUCAGCGGACUCGGAGCUCAGCAAUACCAGGAGCCGCGACUUCGAACACGAUGACCGAAGCGUCCGGAGCUCUGCCGUCGGCUACAGGAACCCGACACUCACCGAGGACAGCGACCUCGGUGCUGAUGUUUCGUCUGGCCAGGCUGUCCGCGGCAUUGUCGCGAACCCCAAUUUUAUUCAUAUCCCCUCGGCGCUCGGGGUCGAGUCGGCCGUCGCUUCUCUCAUAGACGGAUCGAUGCUCGAUGGCUCCGUGCUCACAAACAACUCUGGGCGUGGCGGCCCCAGCCAUCAAUACAACGGCGACCGCGGAUCCAUGGCAACGCUGCCGGAAGAAGGCUCCUAUGGUCGCAACACCCCCGAUGCCCGUUCUAUUAACCGCGACACCGCAAGGGGUGGGACGCCUCGCUCGAUGAACUCGCGCACAUCAGGUGUCUCGCAUGAUCGCGGCCAGUCUAGAUCCGCCGGGUUUACUGGUGAAUAUGAGCUCGACCAGUUCGGGCGCAAGGUUCCCGCGGCAUCUCAGUCCGCUGAGCGCCAGUCCCCAACAGCGUCUGAGGCAGCCAUCACUGGAGCUGCCUUUGCUGUCGCUUCGGCUAGGCUUCGGGACGCCGCCAAAGAGAAGGGUAUGCAGACGCGGACCGAGGAUGCAGAGGAAGAGGAUUAUGCCCUCGACGGCCCUGGGGUGCAACGCAACAAGUCCUUCAAGGAGCGGACCAUGGACGGACACCGCCCCGCCAACACACCUAUGCACAGCGUGGAUCGCCUGGAUGAGUUUGAAAAGCCCAGGAUGGGUGCCAGUGGUGUGCCAGAUCUCGAUGAUCCCGAGCCAGAGAUGGGGUUCUUCGAGCCGUCCAUCAUCGAAGGUCAGCUCGAUGGGGAGGAUCAGGAGGACAGCUGGGCAGGCCAGAGGACACCCACCCAAGAGCGCCGUGUGCCGCCCCAAGAUGACAGCUUCAGAGCCGAGGCUGAGCGGUCUGGCCACAGCUUUGAGAAGGCCACCACGGCCAAGGUAGCAGCCGGAGCAGCCCUGGCAACUGCCGCUGCCUUGGCCUCGUCUCACAGCCGCCAGCCCAGCCAGGACCAUGAGGACUGGCAGCGAAGCUCGGAUGACCGCAAACGGGACACUCUCGUCACGAACCCCUUCGAGGGCACCAGCCCGCAGGUCAACCUUCCGGGGCUCGGCAACGAGCUCUUGGGCAGCGCCCCCCCUGUGUUCCAGAACCCCGGUUAUGGUGCUGGGUUCGCGACGCGCAGCCCAGUUGGCCACAACAACAAGGUCGAUGAGGGAUACAUCUCGCAGGGUGCCAACGAGAACCAGGAGAUGAGCAGGCGCAAGGGCAAGGGCGUCGAGCUCUCGCAGCCCAUGAACGCCGACCUGGACGACCCCUUCUAUACCUCCAAGGCGUCGAGGCACAUGAGCGGUCUCUCGCAGGGCAUGGGCUCUCCCCUCUACGACCCGUCGACUGGUGCGGGCAUCGACCGCAUUGAGUCCAAGGACAUCAUUGCCCUGAUGCAGCACCUCAUGGUUCGCGAUGCGCAGCGCAGCGCGAGGGACACGGAGAUUCUUAUGACGCUUGUCCGGUCCGCGGCGGAAAUGCGCGAGUCGUUUGAAAAGAUCAAGCACAUGAUCGCCGACUCGGAGGAUGUCAUCAUCCGAGAGGUGGACGAGAACACGGAGAAGACGGUCCAGCGCGUCAUCGGCGGACCCCGGCCAUUCCCAGGUAGCGCACCCAGGUCCUUGCAGGGAGGUUCCCAGGCCGGCACCGACGACAUGCCGACCAAGAAGCAGAACAUGUUCCGGCGGGCGCUCAAGGGUCUGAGCGCCAAGGGCAACAACGAUCUCGGGAAGAUCGAGGACAUGCUGAUGCAGCUCCUCACCGAGGUCGACACCCUCAAGGCGCAGACGGCAGGCCACAGCAUGGGAGCCAGCCCAACGCGCGAUGGCGUGCGGUCGCCCUUCGACAACCUGCAGCCCGCAGUGCAGUACGAGCACGACCGUGGCUACGAGCCCGAGGGACACGCUGGCACGUCGACAGCCAGCCACGCGAGCCAGUCGGGCCACUUGUCUAUCCCCUCGCAGUCACGUGGCGUCUCGGGAAGCAAGACGGGUUACGAGCGCAAGUUUUCUGACCACCGCAUCAGCACCGUUCACGAGGCGAACGAGGACGAGUACGACCACCAACUGGCCGACCGGGGAGCCGCGCUGGGCUACCACCGCGACGACCAGUACGACACCCUGGGGAUGCACCACACGCCGGAGCGCAACGAUAUCCCGCGUAGUGGCUCGGUCCCCGUGGCGACGCCACCUCACCCGGUACUGCCAGCGCAGGCGGCCAGCAACGAGAAUACACCUCACACGGACAAGAGCAAGAAGCACAAGUCGUCCAGCUCGUCCAACUGGUUCCCAAAGAUCUCCCGCUGGUCCGAGACGACGGCGUCGAGCGUGGGAAAGGUCUUCCGCAAGAACAACGCGUCUCGCUCGGGGUCCGAUCUGGCCUACGACGGGCAGCCAAACACUGACCCGUAUGGUGAGGACAAGCUCCACACGGGCUUCACCCAGGAGGACCUGCGCGAAAUGAUGCCCGAAGACCCGAAGUACAAGGCCCAUCGUGACUCUCUCAACCUCAGGCACCCUCAGCCACGUCCUGGACAGCAGUACCAGGUCGCCAUCGAGACGGGGGCCGAGCAGUUCAACACUCCCCAUUCGCCUUACUCGGCCGAUUGGGCUCAUUCGGCCACCAGCCUGAACCGCCUCCAAGGGAGGGAUAAUGCGCGUCCCCAGGACCCGCAGUUUUGGGGCUCCUCGCCCGCGCCACUCGCUGGCGCCGGGGACGCUGGGGAUAGCUCACCUCUGGGGCCCCCGCGCCCACCCAAAGAGCCGCUUGAUGAGUCUCAAAUGGGUCAAAUGACGCCGCCAAAGUCGAGCCGGGUGAGCAAGCUGCAGAAGACGGCCCCGAGCCCUCUGCCUUACCACAGCGUGGAGAGCGGCUACGGCACGGGCACCCACGGUAGCUACCACGGCAGCCCCAAGCUGGAGAACAGGAACCUCAGUUCCGCCCUUGGCAACAACGCCCCAACUCGUCGACCUAGCGGGCCCAGGGCCAUGACCCCCAAGAGUGAGGAUGACAGACGGCGCAAGCGAGACACCUUCGGAUCCCUCGCGUCACAGGAGUCUGAGACGUUUUAAGAAGUACCAGCCUUGCUACGCUGCCUUCUUGUGUUAUUAUUAUUAUUUAUUAUUCCAUCCAACGCGUUCAUUACGGCUCCACGCUCACGGAUGUGGCUACUGGCUGGCCGACCCCAGCAGUUUAACGAAUCUCCCUUCGAUGACGCUUGCCUUUCUUUUGAUUUACGUUCAUACCCUCUUUUUUUUGGCGAAGAUAUCCCCAACUUUUCAACCUUGAUAUUCUGAGACGUGCGAUGGGAAUUUAUCGGCUGGUCGCUGUUUGUGUGUAUUUCUUGUUGCUUGAACCGCAAGCGUUGUAUAGAGUGUCAAUGUUGGAUCUCCCCCGCCGAGCAGCUGGGACUUGGUGGCGCAAACAAGGUGGUUUGCCGUCCUAUACACACAAAAUCAAAAAGAGAGCGAGACAGGGCGGAAAAGGGUUUCUUCUUCUUUGAUUAUCGGCAACGGGGGUGGGAUCGAGGAAGGGGGCUCCAGGGGCGCGGGGACGGAGGGAUUGGUGAUAUAUUUACAUUACACCCCGCGGUGGAAUCGCAGGGGAGGCACCGCUACCCUCCUUUGACAGCCUCACAUGUUGCACACACAGGUACAUAGGUAGGAUAGAAAUUCUAAUCAAGACAGUAGCGGAGGGAUUUCCAUUUUGGGAUCCCAUGCUCCUGUUAGCGAUGAUUAUGACUUCAGUUUAAGAAGACAUUGUGAUAAUUUCCCGC